CAGUAGUCGUAAAUAUCCAGCAGAGGGCGAAUAGAAAACUCUGGAGGCGCACAGUCACAUCGACCUAAAGGCUCGGUUCCUGCCAUGGGCUUCUCGACGGCUGCGGUCCGGUACCUGCGUCCGGCUGCGCUCUGCGCCUCUUUGCGCCCCGGAGCGUCCGCGGCGGUGUCCGCCACAAGAAGCCUGAGCGUCCCGACGACGAACGAGGAGAAGACCAAGGACGAGCUGCCGGGACCCAGUGUGUCCACGACCCUGUACUGGUUGUUCGUUAAAGGAUAUGCGAAGAACAGUCACUUGUUGCAGGGGCUACAGAAGAGUCUGUACGGGCCCAUGUGGCGGUCCCGAUUCGGCCCAUUCGAUGUGAUCAACGUGGCGUCACCAGAGCUCAUCGCUCAGGUGAUCCAACAGGAAGGACGCUACCCGGUGCGAUCGGAGCUUCCACACUGGAAGGAGUACAGGGAGCUGAGAGGACAGGCCUACGGUCUGCACGUGGACACAGGACCGGAGUGGUACCGGAUCCGCAGCGUCCUGAACCCCAAGAUGCUGAAGCUGCCGGAGGUGUUUGCGUUCGCCCCCAUCAUUAACCAGGUGGUGGACGACCUGCUGCAGCGCGUGGAGCUGCUCCGCAGUCGGAGCCGGGACCGAACCACGGUCUCGGAUCUGUCGGCCGAGCUCUAUAAGUUCGGCUUUGAGGGUAUGUCCUCCAUCCUGUUUGAGAGCAGGCUGGGCUGCCUGCAGGAGGAGAUCCCCCAACAAACCCUCAGGUUCAUUGCUGCUGUCAACGACAUGCUGACGCUGUCUGACAUGGUGAUCCUGUUCCCGCGCUGGACCCGCAGCGUCCUCCCCUUCUGGAAGCGCUUCGUCCAGGCCUGGGACAACCUUUACAACAUAGCAAAGGAGCUCAUCGACAGGAGGAUCUCUGAACUGGAGGCCCAGGUUCAGCGCGGGGAACCGGCUGAGGCCACGUAUCUGACCCACCUGAUGUCAUCAGACAAACUGAGCCGCGCAGAGAUCUACGUGACGGUCACCGAGCUGCUGCUGGGGGGGGUCGACACGACAUCCAACACCUUGUCCUGGACUUUGUAUCAUUUAGCUCGGGACCCCGCUGUCCAGGAUCGACUGUACAGGGAGGUGAACGGUGUGUGUCCUGACAGACGUGUGCCAACCACCGACGAGCUGAGCUGCAUGCCGUAUCUGAAGGCCGUCGUCAAGGAGACGCUACGACUGUAUCCUGUGGUGCCUGGAAACGGGCGUUUCAUUUCAGAGAACGAGGUGCUUGUGAACAACUACCGCUUCCCGAAGAAGACUCUCUUCCACCUGUGUCACUACGCUGUGUGUCACGACGAGCACCAGUUUGUCCACGCGCAGCGCUUCCUGCCGGAGCGGUGGCUCCGGGCCGAGCAGGGCUCCGCCGGGUCCUACCAGCACCACCCGUUCAGCUUCAUCCCGUUCGGCGUGGGCGUGCGAGCCUGCGUGGGGAAGAGGGUGGCGGAAAUGGAGAUGUACUUCACGCUGUCCAGGCUGAUGCAGCACUACCAGGUCCUGCCUGAAGACGGAGCGGCAGCCGUGAAGCCUAAAACUCGGAUCUUGCUCAUUCCAUCCAAACCAAUCAACCUGCGCUUCCUGGCCAGAGCCUGAGCGGCUGAGGAGCCUGUAGAGCUUCCGGGAGACGAGGAGGAGCUGAGGGUUUGAUCCUGCAGGUUCUGCAUGUUAAGGGCACACGCAUUUGUAUGAUGUGUUUUCUAGCUUGCUGCUCUGAGUGAUGAGAGAUCAUCACUGUCAUUGUAAUCUGUGUGUGGAUGUUGUUUCCAGUUUCUUGUUUUCUUCUAGUAUUGUCGAGUUAAGGCUAAUCAUGAAAGUGAAAGCCUGCUUUCAAAACUAUGCGCUUCAUGAUUUUGCUUCAGCAAAACAAUUCAACUCACUUUUUUUUAUAGCACCAAUUCACAACAAAAGUUACCUCAAAGCAUUUAAAAGGUUUAAGACAAAAGAAAACCUUUGGGUGAAGUCAAGACAGAAAAGGUAAAACCAAAUUCAUGCAUCAUGUACUGUUUUCUAAGAGAAGAUUUACGCAGGAAGAGAGAAAGCAAUGCAAAGAAGGCAAAUGAAGAAAACAUUAAAAGGUUCUGACUGGUAAAAACAAAUACGCAGCACAGUGUUUUUUUAGAAAACAAGGUAGAAAUAUUAGGCUGGGCAAAUAAAAAAGCAAAAUGGUGCAGCAAGAGGUGAGUCAGCUCUGUAACAUCAUGAAAUACUGGAGUCUCAGUCUCACAGCUUCCUUUCAUUUUCUUAUUGCUUCAGUACUUUUGUAAUACUUAACACGUUUGCUUUUACUUUACCUGACUUUUAUUUUCAUGUGCCUUUGUUAAUCUCACACACUGAGUUAGGAACUCUAACAUAAAAUGUCUUGUCCUUUUCACAUUUUCAGGAGUCACUCUCCUGACUCUAGACCCACUGGACCAUUGUGCUUUACUUCUUUGAGCAUUUGAGCUGUGAACACACUGCCUCCCUCUGCUGGACACAUCUGAACAGUAAAAUGAUCUAAUGUACAAACUUGCGACAUUAAAUAUUGUCAAAUGGA